GAAUAUAUUUUAAGGGGUCCGCUACUAAAAAAUGGUUAAGAACCAGUGCUCUAGAUGAUUAAAUUUUAAUAUUUUGUUGAUGUGUUUGUUUUAUUCUGCUGAUUGAUAAUAAUAGGUCAUAACUCUUAUCGCGCAGCAAGCAAAUAUUGUUUGUUUGCAUACUUGGGGGAUGACCAUGAAGAUAAUUAUGAUGAUGUCGAAGGGAUGGGAAGAAGAAGAAAUAGCAAGGAAGACGGCAGCAAUUUAUAUUAUUAUUAGCUUUCUUUUCCCGCAUCUCUUCUUCACUUUUCUCCCAUUCUCUCUCUACCACUCUCUCUCUUCGUUCCGCCUUCAGUCGGUAAUCACCUUUCGCGCGGUCUCCAUCGUUUUAUUUUAAAAAUAUAUGCAUUUUUAUAUAUACUUUUUAUUCUUCCUCUUCUCGCUAUGUGAGUGUUCGUAUGAUGUUUGUAAGUGGUAAAGUGUGUAAAUUGACGCUAUUCCAUCAAAUUGUGCAAGUUUUGCAUUACGUAAACGAGCUGACUGAAAGAGUUUAGCGUACUUCUUUAAUUUCUAAUUUCGUUAGAAGAACAACAACGUUUUUCCGGUUAAUAUUGUUUAUAGAAACGGUGUCGGAAUCUUCAUUUUUGCAUUUAAUAAUGGUGGUGGUAAGUGCGUGAGUUGUCUGAAUCUCGUGAACGCACACGUUCGCACUCUGCUGCUGUUGCCGCUCUUCUCGCAGACCGGCGGCGUUCUCGAAUCCGUUACGGCGGCAGCCGAAAACAACAACAAACGGCAUUUCAUCGUUGGUAAAGAAAAUCAAAUAAAAUACAUAAAGAGAGAAUAACUAGCAUGUCCGGAGGAGGAUUGACUCGGAAGUAUUUAUCACAUUUUACAACGAAAUCGGCGACGAUACCUAGGUCGCGUGGAUGGAUGUUCGGAGGCACAAAGUGGUCUCUGAUGGCUGCCGGAGGACCGGAACAGUUGCACAAGUACGUGGACAGGAGACACAAAAAGUACGGACCCAUUUUCAGGGAGACACUCGGAGGUGGCGUCGACGGCGUCUUCAUUUCCGACGUCAAUUACAUGCGACAGGUUUUUCAAUUGGAUGGUAAAUAUCCGGUGCAUUUGGUGCCUGAGGCCUGGACGUUGUACAAUAAGCGGUUCGGGACGUCGCGCGGUCUUUUCUUCAUGAACGGUCAGGAGUGGCUCAAUAAUCGUCGAAUCAUGAACAAUUUCCUGCUAAAGGGCGACAUGAGUUACGUAAACGAAGCGUGCGACGUCGCCGCUCAUAAUUUCGCGCAGUUGAUGACCCCAAAGGACCUGGAAAUUUCACUCUACAAAUGGUCCUUGAACACUUUAAUAGCCGUUCUCCUAGGAGCACGCAACUAUGAAGAGUACGUUCGUACCAAUACCUACGAUCUUCGAGAGCUAACCAAAAACGUUAAAUUAAUUUUCGACUCUUCGACGCGUUUGGAGCAGUUACCUGUGAAGUGGGCGUCACAUAACAAUUGGAAGCAGUGGACAAAUUUCGUCCAAUGUGUGGAUAUUGCGUUGGACGGCGCCACAGAUUUAGUGAUGAACCUAAUGGACGUUAAAUAUGAUGGUGGAUUGCUCGAACGGAUGAUGUCGGCGAUGCCCAAAUCGGACGUUAUCAAGGUGAUCGUUGAUCUGAUCCUUGCUGCAGGUGACACCACCACAUACACGAUGCUGUGGUGCCUGUACAAUUUGGCCAAACAUCCGGAAUUACAGAACAACCUACACAUAAAGUCGAAAUAUUGUCCAGAUACGAAGGUCACGUCGUAUCGUAACUUUAUUAAGGAGACGUUGCGAUUGUAUCCGGUGGCACCAUUCGUAACGCGCGUUAUAGUCGAAGAACCGGUAACCGUUGGACCUUAUCGGAUCGAUAUAGGGAACAUCAUCAUACUGAGCCUGUAUACGUCGGGGCGAAAUGCUUCGUUGUUUCCGCGUCCGCAUUCCUUCGAUCCGGAUCGUUGGUUCACCAGGUCGCCUGACAUGCAGAAGGCGACAUUGCAUUUUGCGAUGGGAGCAAGAUCCUGCAUCGGUCGGAAGAUAGCCGAGCGACAGCUGGAGAGCACCCUGGAGAUGAUAGUCAAGAAGUACCACGUGCAGCUCGAAGUCGACGAGGACAUCGAGAUGAUCAUGAAUAUGGUUGUUGUUCCAUCAAAAACGCUCAAACUUAAAUUAACUCCCAGAUAGUCUUUAUAUUGUGUUUUUUUUUUAUUAAUUUUAAGAUAUUUGCUCAAUAUAUACUUGGUUUUAUACGAAGA